AUGCUGGAGGCCCGGGUGGCGCAGCUGGAAGCGCAGAACGACCACGGGCCACCACCGCUCCAGAUCACUCAGGGCCUGGCUAUUCUGUCCAGCGAAACUGGCUCGCAGACUCGAAUCUCCAAUGAAAAUGAAACAUGGGCUCUCCAUGCCGAAUCAUCGGUCGACGAUUGCCCUGCAUUCUUGACGGGCCACAACGUCCAUCGGGAGGGCGACGUCAAGACCCUGCCGUCCCUCCCCCACAUUCUUCCGACGAUAGAAGACUACUUCCGAAACUCGAACCAAGUCCUUCCUCUUUUCGACAGGGGAGCCUUCAUGAAGAUGCUCCGCGACUGGUACGCGCACCCAGCGUGUCGCACACCAGACGCAUGGGCGGCCGUCAAUGUUGUCCUCGCGCUGGCGCGCCGGCACACCUAUGCCUCCAGCCCCGAGGAGACCCAGAACAUGCGGCGGUACGUCUGUAACGUCCAGUCGGUCUUGAACCAGCUGGCGUUCAACGAACCGAGUCUUCUUGCCCUGCAGAUCAUAUUGGGGCUGGUCCUGGUGUUUCACGGUUCGGCGGACCAGCGCCCGGCCUCAGUCAUAAUCGCGACGGCUAUGAGGCUGGCCCAGACCCUGAAGCUGCACACAAAGGCCGGGAAUCGAAACCUCUCACCGGCGGAAGCCCUCCAGCGGACCCGGGUGUUCUGGCUCGCCUUCAUCCUCGACCGCGACUUGGCGAUGAGGACAUCGCAGCCGCCGAUCCACCAGGACGCGGACAUCGACGUGGACCUCCCGGUCCCCGACCCCCCAGACGGCGCAGGCCUGAUCCGCGGCUUCUCGGGCCAGGUGUUCAACUUCUUCCGCAGCCGCGUCCAGCUGGCCUACAUCGAGGGUCGGCUCCACGCCAUGCUCAGGUCCGCACAGGCGCUUCGACUGCUGGAGCACGAGCGGAGGCGAAAUACGCUUCGCGUCCGGGCUAUGCUGGACGGCUGGCUGGAGGCGAUACCGAUGGACUUCCAGCCGCACCUCGUGGAGGGAAUGGUGCCCAGAGAACGCCUCCGGUGCAUCUCGCUGAUGCACUACACCCACCUCCAGCUCGUCGCGACGACACACCACACGGACUCGCACCACAUGGAAUGGAUGCAGGAGAUCCUCGACUGCACCAAGAGGCAGGCUCCCUCCGUGCGGUCCGACUUGGCCGCUCGUCUGCCGAGCUGCUGGAACAAGCUGGUCGCGCAGUCGCGGACGUGCAUGCAGCUCUAUGCGGCGACUCCCGAGAAUGACUCGGCUCUUACAUGGUUGGUAUCGUGUGGUUAUCUCACGAGCGUCAUGUUCAUCACGGUCAACAACCUCGCGUGCCCGGACAACCCGUUCCGUCAGACCGACCAGAGCAAUGUCGAUUCGGCGCUGCUCCUUCUUGAGCGCCUCAUCAAGGUCACUGACGACGACAGGCUGAAGCGGAUCCAUGAAGCUUGCACGGAGCUCAACGAGAAAGCGCGACAAACAGUUUCAUCGUGCUUCCAGGAUGACUUCAUCAACCUCCCAGGACUGGAUUUCGGCGAUGAGGAUCCUCUCGAUGCUGGUCGCUGGGGCUUGGUGGAUGGCACGCUUUGGGAAAUGGAGGGCUGUGGGAAAGUCAUAUAA